UACCAUCUUUUCUAAUUUUCAGCUCUUCUUUAAGGGUUUUACAAGCAAUCUUCUUUUCUUCAUCCUUUUUGAAUCCACAUUCCAUCUAUCAAUUUCUUCUUCUUUUCUUGUUGCCUUUUUGGGGUUCUAAAGUGGCUUUUAGUACCUUUAGUAAUUCCUUAACUUCAAGUUAAGGGUAAUCUGACAGGGAAAAAGAAUACGCUUCUCUGCUUGUGAAAAUUUAAUUUGUAUUGCUAGCAACCUGCGCUGGAUUUUUAAACAUGGCUGAAAAUAGUGGAAAAGCGAUUGGAAGACACUCAGGAACCUCCCGUGUUGCGCUUAAUGAAAGAAUUCUUUCCUCCAUGUCACGAAAAUCUAUUGCUGCUCAUCCAUGGCAUGACCUAGAGAUUGGGCCAGGUGCACCUUCAGUUUUCAACUGUGUGGUUGAAAUAGGCAAAGGCAGCAAAGUCAAGUAUGAGCUUGACAAGGCAAGUGGCCUUAUAAAGGUUGACCGAAUACUGUACUCAUCAGUUGUUUAUCCACACAACUAUGGUUUCAUCCCAAGAACCCUUUGUGAAGACAGUGAUCCAAUGGACGUCUUGGUACUGAUGCAGGAACCUGUGUUACCAAGUACCUUUCUUCGUGCUCGUGCAAUUGGAUUGAUGCCUAUGAUUGAUCAGGGUGAGAAAGAUGACAAGAUAAUAGCAGUGUGUGCAGAUGAUCCCGAGUUUCGCCACUACACAGACAUCAAAGAGCUUCCUCCUCAUCGUCUUGCUGAAAUCCGGCGCUUUUUUGAAGACUAUAAAAAGAAUGAGAACAAGUCAGUUGCCGUUGAGGACUUUCUUCCUGCUGAAGCAGCUGUAGAUGCCAUCAAGUAUUCCAUGGACCUGUAUGCUUCUUACAUUGUGGAAAGUUUGAGGAAGUGACCUUGUUGAGGACUUGUUGUCACUACUGAAAAUCGAAGCAGAAAAGCCGGUUGACUUGUUGAAGAUGGCUCCCUGAAUUUCAUAUUCGUACUUUAGUUUAAUGUGGUAUUAUCAAAUACUAUUUGAAAUGCAUGUAGAACUUUCAAUUUUCAUGAAUUCAGUAAAGACGUGGAACAGAAAGCAUCAAGAAAACCACUGGUAAUGUGCAGUGGUGGUGCUGUAGAAAAAA